CGAGUCGCCCAAGACGGCCCAAGAUGGCCCCAAGACGGUCCGUAACCAUUUUGGCUCAAGUGGCAUCGGGGGACAUAUGCGCGUCGAUAGUUCGUAGUGGGUUCGUGGAGGGCCGCCGCAAUGGCUUGCGCUGCGGGCCCAGCCAUAACCAACGAGGAGCAGAGCGGCGUGUUGCCAAAGGAGGCCUCCAACGAGGGCAGCAUGCCUCGUGCUUCGACUCUGCUGGGGCGAAGGGCUUCAUUUACCGACAUGGCCUUGGUGAACGUGCCAUCCGUCGUUCGACAGAGUGGACGGCAAGCUCAGCUGAGAAGUCAUGCCGUUCAAGUGGCCGAGGGAGGGGGAGCCCAUGCGCCAGUUCAUCUCAGGUCCGAAGUCAUAAGCAGCAACUUUGCCAAGUUUGAACGUAUUGGUAUGGGCUCUUCAAGCGUUGCUUACCGUGCGCUGAGGCUUUGUGACAACAGGACUGUCGUCAUUAAGGCAUUGCGUCGCUUGGAUGUCGGCCCGGUGUCCUUGGCGAAGCGGGAAUUUGAUCUCCUCACCAAUUUCAGACAUCCCAAUAUCAUCGUCGCCUUAGAUUUCCUGGAAUCGCUAUCGUGUGUGGCACUGGUGUUGGAGGACAUCGCGGGCCGCACUCUGCGUUCGGUUGUGCGUUCGACUUGUGCGGGCCGCCUGGACGAGCUGUGCUCCAUGCGCUUGUUCGUCCAAGCGGCUGCCAGAUUGGCUUACCUGCAUGGCAGGAACACGGUUCACCGCGAUCUGAAGCCUGCCAAUUGUCUCGUCUCGAAAGGGGGCGUCCUGAAGCUGAUCGACUUCAACGUCGCCGCGAGCACCGAGGGAGGCGAGCUCCUGACCCCAACCGGAACGAGGGAGUUCCGCGCCCCAGAGGUCCUGAACAGGCCGUACGCGUCGCCAGCGGACGUUUGGUCCCUCGGCCUGUGCCUGCACUUCAUGCUGCACGGCCGCACGCCCUCCCGCGACUCCGACGACGAGCCGACGGCGACCUCCGCGGCGGCGGCCUCCACCGAGACGUACUCGGAGGACGCCGCCGACGGCAGCUCCGACGGCGGCGGCGGCUCGCCGAGGGGGCGAGCGAUGACCGAGCAGCCCCGGGACGCGUGGGGCGGCAGCGCGUGGGCCCUGCAGCGGUGCUGCCUCCAGGACUGGCGGCAGCGGGCCACGGCCCAGGAGCUCUUCGCGGGUGCGUCCGGGUGGCUCGCCGGUCGCUGAGCCGGCCGGGCGAGCCGCGCGGAGCGGCUGGCUGCCGCGGCGGGGCUGCGCAGGGCGAGCGCCAGCCGGUCGUGCCCGCGCUCCUGCGGGUGCCGCCCUGAGGCCUCGACUUGCUGCUGCGGCGCCCUCGGGGGCCACGACUGAUGCCCCUCACGCCCUGGGAGAUUGUUCCCGAGGGCAGGCACGCAGGCCUCGAGGUGCGAAGGCAGAGGCUGCGCCCGCCCUUUCCGUUCAUGACUCAGGGUACAGCGAGCGGCUUGAAUAAGGAACACUUACUCCUCAGGUUUUAUUCCUUGGGACAAAAGGGGCUUCGUUCCUUGGGUCAGGCCGAUAACUGUAUCCGAGGCCAGAGCUUGAACAUACCCGCCGCCCGGGGACGGGCGCUGCCCCGGUGCGCCGCCGUGCGCGGUGCGCACACUGCCGCCAGGUGCCGCUUCCUCGGGACAGUGUGCGUGCAGCGCAGGCUGGCAGGCGCCUCCCUCCGCAGUGUUCCGACCCAGUCGGGCAGAGGGCAUGUUGGCACCCGCAGCGAGAGAACGAGCUCGCGAGACGGCGGGCCAGGACCGCGCAGGCUUUGUUGCUGUGCAGUCGGACCGAGGUACAAGACCGAUGUCGGUUCGGG